AUAUACUUCCCUCUCUCUCUAACUAACAUCACAAUCUCUCUCUCUCUCUCUCUCUCUCUCUCCCUCCCUCCCACCCACCUAGAUUCCCCGUUCAAUCUUCAUCCAACGACUAGUACUUAAACUCUACAAAUCAACUUUAAAACAUAAUUAGAUUUCAACCAUUCAACCUUCAUUAGACGGUUGAGAUUCGUAGGUUUAUAAAAUCGCAAUCACAUAGGAUCCAUUUCCCAUUCUCUCCCCCUCUACAACAACUUUGGUCUCAACAAACAUCCACCACUCUAGUACAAGCAACAAAAUCCAUCAUCCCACAAAAGUACUAAACUUUCUUCAACUACACUCUCCUUUACUUAUUAGAGAUGAAAGUGAAAGCAUUGAGUAUCUUUAAAUCCAAGUUUCUCAAACCAUGCAAAAAACUAAUAUUUUUCUUCAAACUUAAACCCAAGAAACUUAUAUUUAUAAGAGCUUUCAGAAAAGCUAAAUCACCAAAACCCUCUUCCCCAUCAAAACCAAUGUCUUCUUUGUUAUCAGUGUUUUGUUCCCCGAAGAAAUCCAGAGACUACAACAUGUUGCAAAGCUUCAAGAGCCCUUCAAACAUGCAGGAAACUCCAAUCUUUCCAUCACCACUUACACCGGCUUGUGUAAGGAAAAACCAAACAGAAGGUUCAAAAAGUGAAGCUUCGAGCGAAGAAGUGGAAGACGCAUGCAGGAGUUUCGAGAACUAUUUGGCAGAGAUGAUUGUGGCAGAAGGGAAGACUAAGGACUUGAUGGAUGUUGAAGAACUUCUAUACUGUUGGAAGAAUCUUAAGUGUCCUGUCUUCGUUGACUUAGUUUCUAGAUUUUAUGGUGAGCUUUGCAAGGACUUGUUUUCUCCAGAUAAUGAGGAAUAUGACAAGCUUAAGGAGUAAUGAGUCAAUAUAAAUAGAUAUUAUUCAAAUUGUUUAUUUUUACACAAGUUUUCAAUUUUGUAGUUCCAUGAAGUUGGAAGUGAGCAAUUUUUUUUGAGCAUAAGGUUUAUAAGAAACACUUUAUAAAUACA